GAUUCAAAUGUCAUCAACUAAGAUCAGGACUAACAGCCUUUAUUCAGAUGAGAAGGAAUAUGAGAGAAUUAAGCAAGGACUCAAAGAAAAUAUCAACUUAAUUUGAAAGAAUGUCAUAAGGCGACUCAGCCAGGACCCUCAAUACGAGAAUGUGAAAAUGGGACAAGUUAAGAAAAUGCUCUAAUUGAUAAUUAUCUCUCCAAUAGUAAACAGAAAAAUAAUGAGAACCUCAGCAGAUUGAGCAAGAACUCUGCUAUAGAAAUUGAUCUGGAUGAAACAGAUGAUGAGACUGUUAAAAUAACAGAAAAAACAAGGAAAAGUAUAUAUCUCCCUGCGCAUGAUCUCUCUCUUGACGAAUUCUGUAAAACUUUCAAAGAGAAAAUACAGAUAAACAAGGCAGGGCCAGCUAGAAAAAGUCAAUCUGUCAGCAAGUACAUGUUGGCUAGUAUGUCCAGAAAGAAUAGGAUCAUAAAGGAUUCCUAUAGAGUAAAAAUUAUCAAGAGACCAUACUCCAAAGACACGAAUAACUCUGCAGUUGAACGCAUCAAGGACCGGAAAUAACAAACAGAACCUAGCUAGAAUAGCCAGGGAGGUCAAGAAAAAGUUUGAGAAGCAGUUCCUAGAGACUAGCAACUCUUUUAGGGAUUACAUCAUUGAAAAUCGCAAACGGAGUCUUCAGAAAACUGAACAAUCAAAGAGAGGAAAGCUCUUUACACCAGCACUGACUCCUGGACCUAGAGUUCCUCAAUCCCAAGAAGGACAAUUCACGAAUAUCAGUUCUUAUAAUGAUUGCUCAACUCAGCCUGAAUUCAUCAAAGUUGGGAUGAGAAGGAUUAGGAAGCAGUCAAAGCUUCAUGUUACUACAGACAUUGAUAAAGAAAGUAUGCCCAACAUCUUAAACCAGGAGAGCUCUUCCCAUCAGUACAACAGAAGCCAAUCAAAAGAGAAGAACUUUGUAGUUCCUAGUAUAAAAGAUCUUGUAAAAAGAGGGUUGGCUCCGAACUCUCCUGCUUCCUUCAAAUAUAGUGCUCUAUCAGGAUUGGAAGAAUGAGAUAUUCCUGAUACUCUUAGAAGAAUGCAAGAGUAUCUCAUAAAGCAUGAGGUAAACCCUAAGCCUGCUAGCUUUUUCAUCUUCAUCAAACAUCUGGUCAAACUUUGAGAAGAGAUGAAAUGAUUUGACCUGGAGUUUCACUCCAAAAAGAUGCAGGGGGAUUUUCAUGUGGAACUCAGGAAAAUAGAUGAAGCCAAAGAGGUAUACACAAAGUUGGUCAAACUUGCUGAUAAACAUAACAAAUAUAAAGAGCUCAUGAUAAUGUACCAGCAGAUUGGGUAUUGAGACCAUGUCAUGAGACGAUAUGACGAAGCCAUUAUUUGGUUCAAGAAAUUACUUGAACUCGCAUGGUUUGAGAAAGACAAUGAGGCAGAAACUAUUGCUUAUAUCAACAUGGCAACAUCCUACUUCUUUCAAGGAGAUUUGGAUAAAGCUAAUUAUUACCAUGACCGUAUGAUGGGAGGAAAGUUGGAAAACGAAAAGAGCUCUCUGAAAACAAUGUCCUACAACGUUCUCAAAAAUCGAAGAGAUCUUAAAAAUGACAAAAAAUUCAGAAGAAAACAAGUGGCAGUUGUAAAGCCUCAGAACCAGACCCUUCCGUCUCCAAGGGAGCAUCAUAAGACCAACAGUUUGAUAGACCCAACUGUCAAUCUUCUUCCCCACUACUUCGUUGGUGAAGACAUUGUCUUCCAGGAAGCUUUAAAGGAAUAUUCUCGAAAAAUGAAAUACAACUUAUUUAGAAAAGGAAGCAAGCUACUUGAAGUUAUCGAUACUCAUAAAUUUCUCGAGGAGAAGAAAUAACAAAGCAGAUGGAUCUUCUACCUCAGGUCAUCCUAUGGUUGAGGAGUUUAAAAGACCUGAACUUCAGUAUUUGAAUCGCAAACCAAAGAUGCCAUACCUUCGUAAAGAGAAGUCUAAGAAGAGGUAGCCAGAUUAGAAUGAACUUCUUCAAAGUUAGCCAUAGCCCAAGUAUCCCUAGAAAAUCUGAAGCCUUCACUAAGAAAGAUUUCGGCAAAGGAUAUUUUAAGAAGAUAGUACAGACAGCAAAGAAUCGUAAUGAAGUAUCUUCUAAAAAGAGAGACUUUACUAUACAGUCUCAUUUAAGCGAAAUCAAAAUGGAGUCUUUAUCCCAAUAUUCUCCUCAAGAUCUUGUAGAAACUAUGAAAAAGGCUGUUGGUGUCCUCAUGUUCAAAUGGAAAGAAUUUAUUGGAAACAAUAAGCCAAGUACUUAAGUCUAAUAAUCUCCUGAUGAUA